AUGCCUUCAGAAGCGUCAUCUCGACCCGCGCAGCUGCGCUUGCAGCAAUUCGAUUCUGACCCAGAGUAUCGACCUUUGUUGGCACCACACCCAAGGACGAGAGGUAUGGAGAAGACAGACAGCGGCAGCGAGCCGCCGCGUGCUUCGACGUCCAAGGCGCCCGUUGACCUGAACAGCAUUGUCGAAGAAGGCACGACCUUGUUUGAAAGAAAAUGCCUACUUAUCAAUGCAGAAAUCGACAAUAAUGGCAUGGGUCGAUACCAAUGGUCCAUCUGGUUCCUAUGCGGCUUCGGCUACUUCCUCGACCUACUAUGGGCCCAAGCAUUCGGUCUAGUACUGUCGCCUCUCGAGCAAGAACUAGGCUUCGCAGGCAAUCAGUCUGGAAAUAUCAGCAUCGCAUUCUCUGCGGGGCUCACGGCUGGCGCAUUCGUAUGGGGAGUGCUCGUCGACAUUAUCGGGAGAAAGUGGGCCUUUAAUAUCACCUGCCUCAUCGGCGCAGCAUUUGGUCUCGGACUCGGGGGGUGCAAUACGUACAGUUCGUUCCUGGUCAUUACAGCUUUCGUGGGCUUUGGCAUAGGAGGCAACAUUCCCAUCGACACGACGAUCUGUCUUGAGUUCAUCCCGCAGAACAAACGUUUUAUGCUGGCUCUAUUGUCAAUUUUCCAGCCGAUUGGAGUGGUGGUCUGCUGCAUCAUUGCAUAUGGAUUCAUUCCUACUUACUCAUGUGAGCCGAACUUCACCCAAGGAGACAGGGCCUUACCUUCGUGCAAGAACGUCCCCUCUGGUCAGGCAUGUUGCACUCGAUCCAGCAACAUGGGUUGGAGGUACUUGAUGUUCACGAUCGGAGGCAUCACCUUGGCAGUCUUCUUCCUCCGCUUUGUUGUAUUCAACUUCAAGGAGUCGCCAAAGUUUUUAGUCUAUCGAGGUCAAGACGCAAAGGCCGUGGAGGUCUUGGAACAUAUCGCCAAAACGAACAAGAGACCGUGUGGCGUCACGCUUGCUGACUUUGAAGCCCUGGAUCAGGCGGAUGCGAUGAGGACCGACGGCAUGCGGCACACAGAAGGACCAUCGACUUUCAAUGGCAAGUUCAGGGCAGAAAUGCUUCGAUAUGGCUCACUCGUCCAAGACUGGCGCAUGACACGCCUCACGAUACUUGUCUGGUUGACCUAUGCCUUCGACUACUGGGGUUUCACACUUGCCGGUACGUACCUUCCAAGCAUUCUGGCCAUCAAGAACGGAGCCCUCGAUCUGUCCUUGCGACACACCUACCGCAGCUACAUCGCAAUCUACGCACCUGGCAUCGUCGGAGUAGUGCUUGGAGCCAUGAUGUAUGGCGUGCCAGCGAUCGGAAGGAAGUGGACCAUGGUGAUCAGCUCGGCGCUUAUGGGCAUCUCAAUCUUCCUCUUCAGCACCGUCAACAGCGAAGCCUCGAACAUCGGUCUCAAUGUCAUGGAGUACUUCUUCCAGAGCAUGUUCAACUCGGUGCUCUAUGGCUGGACACCAGAAGUCUUCGCUGCACCAAUUCGUGGAACCGCUUCCGGUGUUGCUAGCUUUUGGGGCCGGCUGUUCUCGAUUCUGGCGCCGUUGACUGCGCAGUCGGUCAUUCCUGCGGGCGGGCUGUCGGUUGAGAACGGCUCGAUCAAUGAGGUGCUGUACCUUGCAGGUGGGUUGACAAUGGGUGCUGUCAUCACCACAGCACUGCUACCGAAUCGUCUUGGGAAGCAGAGUAUGUAA